AUGUGGCUUCAUGGUGGAGUCAUUCAUUUGCUUUUCAACACUAUCAGCCUUGAUUUCGUUGGACUCCGACUCGAGCGCGACUUCGGAUAUCAUAGAUUCGGGCUUGUGUAUAUGCUUUCUGGGGUGGGAGGAAGUGUAGCGUCUUGCCUUCGUAUUGUUCAAGAAAACCUGCAAUCGACUGUGUCUGCUGGCGCAUCCGGGGCAAUUUUUGGACUGUGUGGAGCCUCCCUUUCGGAGUUGAUCACAAACUGGACACUCUAUGAUGAUAAGUUCGCGGCCAUCAUGUUACUCCUUCUCAAUGUUGGCGUGAACAUCGGCCUUGGAUUUCUACUGAAAAUGGACAAUUCAGCUCAUAUAGGAGGUUUCGUAGCUGGGUUCUUCCUCGGUUUUGUUUUCUUCAUCAAGCCUCAGUUUGGAUACAUAAGCAGCAAGUUUAUUCCAUCAUACCAUGAGGUCCAACCUACACGAAGGCACAACUUCUGUCAAUAUUUCCUAGCGGUUCUAGGUCUUGUAGGCUCAAUUGCUAUAUUCGCAGCUGGCUUCGGUCUGCUAUUUAACAUUAAGGAAAUUAAGGAGAAGUUGCCGGAUUCCGUCAAAAGUCAUUGAGCAAAUUUGCACAAAAUUAACAUUCUUGAAGGCUCAACUGCAUAUCCUGUUCUGACCACAAAGUUACAAAAUACUUGCUUUUAACCAAAACGUAUUUAUGGAACACUUGUAUAUUUUUGGGUAUGGAUAUAUAUCUUGAGAAUGAGCAGAUGUAAUACAUAUGACAGAGAUGAUUUGGGGAGUGAAGAUUGAAGAAAGAUGAGCAGUUUGUGG